AUGGCGGGCCAAGAUGCCUCAAUGGAGGAGAUUCUCUGGCGGUCUCCCCCGCACGUCCAAAUGAUGGGGGGAUUCCUUCAUUCGAACAACAUCCUUUUCUACUUCGCCGAAUCUCCAUUCUUUGAUCCCACCUCGAAUAAUGCUUCACUCGCCAUCCAAGCCAACUACAACGAUGCCUUCCGUCAUUUCGUCGAGACGCGCGAAGCUUUUGAGGCCCGAUUGAAGACCAUGCAGGGUCUAGAGUUCGUCGUGUCAUACGAUCCCCUCCAAGCAGCCGCACAGACAGAUAACCGCUUCGCCCACGAGCCGUCCAAUAUCUGGGUAAUCCGCAAGCAGAACCGGCGAAAGAGGAGCGGCCUCGACGACGAGGUGAUCGUGAUGUCUACGUACUUCAUUGUCGGCGAUUGCAUCUACAUGGCUCCCUCGGUGGCGAGUGUAGUGGGGAACCGAAUUCUAUCGGCCGUUACAUCCCUAUCUCAGCUCAUGAAAGCCGCAUCGACAUUACCGACUUUCACUCCUUCCUAUGGACACACAUAUAUGCCCCCCGGAGCCCGCAAAGAAACCAGCGCAACCAGCCAAGCCUCCCAAAGCAAAGAAGCAACACCCAUGCCGGACGCAUCCUUCCCAAGCACCGACUCUCAAUCAACCAACAAAUCAAGCCUGACCAGCACAGCCUCCAGCUUCCAAGAUACGCUCAGCCUGGCAGAAUCAUUUAGUCUGCUCACGCGCUACGGCGACGAAUUCAUGGACGAGAACCCCCUCGUCGGCGAGCCGGGCUCGUUCAUUCUAUCGCGGACCGGAGAGACCGGCGCUGCUGGGAAAGCUGCACCGAAACUCCCUGCUAAUACGGCACCGACUGGCUCGUCUUCUACGUUGCCUGUCAGAGCGUCGACGCCGCAGGUCCGUGUCGAAACGCCCGGUAAAGCUUCUGAGAAGGGUGCCUCGCCGCCUAGCUCGGGAGGUGAUAAGGGGAAGAAGAAGAAAAGUCGGGUUGUGAGCUGA